CCUCUCUGCUCCUCUUUGUAUCCGCCAAUUAGUCUCAUCUCUCUCACAAGACUCACCAAGCUGCUCAGUGUCCUCCUCGACCCCCUCGGUUCUCUGCUGUCCCUUCCAUCUCGGCUCUUUUCCGCCACGCCCCAAGUGCAGAAACCUACUGGAAAACCUCACCACUAAUUAUCUGAACCCAUGAGGAAGAAGGUCGACCAGCGUAUCCGAACCCUCAUCGAGAAUGGUGUCAAGAACCGUCAUAGAUCAAUUUUCGUUAUCAUUGGAGACAAGUCGCGCGACCAGAUUGUGAACCUGCAUUACAUGCUGAGCAAAGCUGUGGUGAAGUCGCGCCCGACUGUGCUUUGGUGCUACAAGGACAAGCUUGAACUUAGCAGCCACAAGAAAAAAAGGAGGAAGCAACUCAAAAAAUUAAUCCAGAGAGGGUUGGUAGAUGAGGAGCGAGCAGACCCUUUUGAACUUUUUAUUGAAACUGGUGGUGUGUCCUACUGCCUGUACAAGGAUUCAGAAAGAAUUCUUGGAAACACUUUUGGCAUGUGUGUAUUACAGGAUUUUGAGGCUUUGACACCCAAUCUUUUAGCAAGAACUAUAGAAACAGUUGAAGGUGGUGGUUUGAUUGUUUUGCUGCUUCGAUCUUUGACCUCAUUGACAAGUUUAUACACCAUGGUCAUGGAUGUUCAUGAAAGAUAUCGCACAGAAUCUCAUUCUCAAACCUCUGGGCGCUUUAAUGAACGCUUCUUACUUUCACUUGCAUCAUGUAAAGCAUGUAUUGUGAUGGAUGAUGAAUUAAACAUCUUACCGAUCUCAUCGCAUAUGAAGUCAAUUAGCCCAGUCCCUGCUCAAGAGGACUCUGAGGGGCUUUCAGAAGCAGAGCAUGAUUUGAAAAAUUUGAAAGAACAAUUAAAUGAUGACUUCCCUGUUGGUCCUUUGAUCCGAAAGUGCUGUACUUUGGACCAGGGGAAAGCUGUCAUAAACUUUCUUGAUUCAAUUUUGGAUAAGUCACUUCAUAGUACAGUUGCAUUGCUUGCUGCUCGUGGCCGUGGUAAGUCAGCUGCCCUCGGACUGGCAGUUGCAGGAGCUGUUGCAGCUGGGUAUUCUAAUAUUUUUGUAACUGCACCAAGCCCGGAGAAUUUAAAGACUCUGUUUGAGUUUAUUUGCAAGGGAUUUGACAUGCUUCAAUACAAGGAACACUUGGAUUAUGAUGUUGUGAAAAGCAUGAAUCCCGAAUUUAAAAAAGCUACUGUACGGAUCAAUAUCUACAAACAACAUAGGCAGACGAUUCAGUAUAUACAACCACAAGAACAUGCAAAACUGUCACAAGUUGAGUUGCUGGUAAUUGAUGAAGCAGCAGCAAUUCCAUUGCCAGUUGUGAAGGCUUUGCUCGGUCCUUAUCUCGUUUUCCUUUCUUCAACUGUCAAUGGAUAUGAAGGAACAGGACGAUCAUUAUCACUGAAAUUGGUGAAGCAACUAGAGGAGCAAAACCAUGUUUCAUCUAGAAGUGCUGAAAGUUCCCUUUCAGGUAGGCUUUUCAAGAAGAUAGAAUUGAAUGAAUCCAUCAGAUAUGCUCCCGGAGAUCCCAUCGAAUCCUGGCUUAAUUCUUUGCUUUGUCUGGAUGUCACGAAUUUCACCCCAAGUAUCAGCGGGCUACCACCUCCUGGUGAAUGCGAUUUGUAUUAUGUAAAUCGGGAUACACUCUUCUCCUUCCACAAGGAGAGUGAGUUAUUUUUGCAGCGGAUGAUGGCUCUCUUUGUCGCUUCUCACUACAAAAAUUCCCCUGAUGAUUUACAAUUAAUGGCUGAUGCUCCUGCCCACCACUUGUUUGUCCUACUAGGGCCUGUUGAUGAAUCAAAAAACCAUCUCCCUGAUAUUCUGUGUGUGAUCCAGGUCUCCCUUGAGGGUCAGAUUUCACGUGAAUCCGUUAUGAAAAGUUUAAGUGCUGGGCGCCAACCAUCUGGAGAUCAAAUACCAUGGAAAUUUUUUCAGCAGUUUAAUGACACCGUUUUCCCUAGUCUUUCAGGUGCUCGCAUUGUUCGCAUUGCCACACAUCCAACUGCAAUGAAGCUUGGAUAUGGUUCUGCUGCUGUUGAACUGUUAACAAGAUACUUUGAGGGUCAGUUAACUCAGAUUUGUGAACUCGAUGAUGUUGAAGAUGUAUUACAGAAUCCACCAGUCAACGUAAUUGAAGCUGCAGAAAAGGUCUCUCUACUGGAGGAAAAUAUAAAACCGAGGGUAGACCUUCCACCUUUACUUGUACCACUUCGUGAACGGAGGCCUGAGAAACUCCACUAUAUUGGAGUCUCCUUUGGUCUUACGUUGGACCUUUUUCGCUUCUGGAGAAAACAGAAAUUCGGCCCAUUCUUCAUUGGCUAUAGCCCAAAUAGUGUGACUGGGGAGCACACAUGCAUGGUGUUAAAGCCAUUGAAUGCUGAUGAUAUUGAAGUUGAUGAAAACCAUGAGUGGGGCUUUUUUGGUCCUUUUUACCAAGAUUUUAAGAAGAGAUUUUCAAGGCUGCUCGAUAAAAAUUUCCGUUCUAUGGACUACAAGCUUGCUAUGAGUGUAUUGGAUCCUAAGAUCAAUUUUGCGGAUGCUGACUGUUCAGAUGGACUUUUGAAAUCAAUUGAUGGAAUUUUUUCACCACAUGAUAUGAAGAGGCUUGAAGCUUACACAAGCAAUCUUGUAGAUUUUCCAUGGAUUCUGGAUUUGGUCUCAAUACUUGCGCACUUGUUUUUCUCCGAGAAGCUGCCAGUUUCAAUUUCAUAUGCCCAAGCUUCUGUUUUGCUUUGUAUCGGGUUACAGGAUAAAGAUGUUUCUGAAAUUGAGGUAGAAAUGCAUCUAGAAAGACAGCAAAUUUUGUCUCUAUUUAUAAAAACAAUGAAGAAGUUCUACAAGUACUUGUAUGACCUUGCCUCCAAGGAGAUUGAUUCAACUGUAUCUCGCCUAAAAGAAAUUAAGAUGGAACCUCAUGCUAUAUCAUUGGACGAUGAUCUCAACAACGCAGCAAAACAGGUCCAGGAGGAAAUGAAUGCCAAAGUGGAUGAUAGUUUAUUGGACCCAGAUCAACUUCAAGGGUAUGCAAUCAUAGAUAGAGAAGCUGAUUUCAAGAAUGCCCUACAAAAUGGAGGAAAGGUAAUCCCAGGUGGUGUGAUCAGUGUGAAGUCCAACAGAAGGAAGGUUGAUACAGGCUAUAAGGGUGAGAAGAAGAGAAACAAGAAUGACUUCUCAUCCAAAUCAAGCAAGAAGAGGAAAAGUUGAACCCUAAAAGUUUUCAACCUUUAUAUUGUUUUCUAAUUUUAUAUAAUCAUUUCCUUCUUUCGCUUCUGGGAUUUUAAGUCUGCUAAAUGAACAAUCCUAGUGUACGUGAUUGUGAGCUGGGUUGUCAAUUUUGACUAUUUUGAGGACACCAUUAUAGCAUGUAUCUAUUUUGACUAUUUUGAGGUCACCGUCAUAGCAAAAAAAAAAGGAUGACAC